AGUAUUUGGUGGGCAGCCAUUUUGUCUUGUGAUCUUUCUGUACGAGGCGUACAACAUCAAUGCCGAAAUCUUAACUUUACACCACAAUUUCACGCCUUCAAAAUGUCUUACAACGACGAAAAGCCGUCCAGAGAAACCGACAUCCCUGAGACAUCCAUUGGUGGCCUUUUCUCGGUUGAUUUUAAGAGGCAUGAUGAUUUGAAGUCAAUGUUGGAUAGCUCAAAGGAUAAUCUCAAGCUUGAUGCUAUGAAAAGAAUAAUAUCUUCGAUGGCUACUGGUAAGGACAUGUCGGAGCUUUUUCCACCGGUCGUCAAGAAUGUAGCAUCAAAAAAUGUGGAGCUCAAGAAACUGGUUUAUGUGUAUCUGGUGAGAUAUGCUGAAGAACAGCAAGACCUGGCUCUGCUUUCCAUCAGUACUUUUCAAAGAGCACUCAAGGAUCCAAAUCAGCUGAUCCGUGGUAGUGCACUUAGAGUGUUAUCCAGUAUCAGGGUCCCUGUUAUUGCACCUAUUCUUAUGCUGUCAAUCAAAGAGGGUGUGGUUGAUAUGUCACCUUAUGUGAGGAAAACAGCGGCUCAUGCUAUUCCUAAGCUCUACAGUUUGGACCCUGAACACAAAGACUGCCUCAUUGAAGUUAUUGAAAAACUGCUGAAAGACAAGACCACUCUUGUUGCUGGUAGUGCUGUCAUGGCAUUUGAGGAGGUGUGUCCAGAAAGAAUUGACCUGAUCCAUAAAAACUUCCGCAAACUCUGCAACCUUCUGAUUGACAUUGAUGAAUGGGGUCAGGUUGCUGUAAUUCACAUGCUAACAAGAUAUGCUCGUACGCAGUUUCUGGAUCCUAACAAGGAGGAAAAGGUGACUGUGGGAGAACAGCCAUUUUAUGAAAAGUCGGAAAGCAGUAAUGAUGAUGAUGAUGAUGAUGAUGACAAAAAAGAAGAAAAGGAAAAGAAGAAAAUUUAUAUCAUGGAUGCAGAUCACAGACUGUUGUUACGAACCUGUAAACCCAUGCUGCAAAGCCGCAAUGCCUCUGUUGUUGUGGCCGUAGCGAGAAUGUAUCAUCAUUGUGCUCCUUCUGGUGAAGUUACCAUUGUCGCUAGGGCUUUAGUUAGAAUCUUGAGAAGUUACAGAGAAGUACAGACUAUUGUUCUCAGUAAUAUCGCAACAAUGUCAUCCUCAAGAAAGGGAUUAUUUGAACCAUAUCUGAAGAGCUUUUUUGUUCAUGCCAAUGAUCCAACACACAUCCGUCUACUCAAGCUUGAAAUCCUUACAAAUAUUGCUGGAGAGACAAGCAUAGGAACAAUUUUAAGGGAAUUCCAGAGCUACAUUUCAAGCUCAGACAAGCAGUUUGUAGCAUCUACUAUUCAAGCCAUUGGUCGAUGUGCAUCUAAUAUACCUGAAGUAACAGAGACAUGCUUAGCAGGGCUGGUGAGACUCUUAUCAAACAGAGAUGAAGUGGUGGUCGCUGAGAGUGUYGUGGUCAUAAAGAAACUCCUUCAACUUAAGCCAAAAGGAAUUUCAGACAUUAUUGAGCAUAUGGCAAGAUUAUUGGAUUCCAUCACUGUUCCCAUGGCAAGGGCUAGUAUUCUGUGGUUGUUGGGAGAAUAUGCAGAGAAAGUCCCUAAAAUUGCACCUGAUGUGCUAAGAAAAUCUGCCAAGUCAUUCAGUGCCGAAGAAGACAUAGUCAAGUUACAAAUUCUAAGUUUGGGAACCAAGCUCUCAAUCACCAACCCUAAACAGACCAAGACUCUUUGUCAUUAUGUACUAAAUUUAGCAAAAUAUGACCAGAACUAUGAUGUCAGAGACAGAGCCAGGUUUAUCAGACAGUUAAUACUCCCUGGAGAAUCGGCAGGACACCUACAUAAGCACCUCAAGAAAAUAUUUUUGGCUUCCAAACCUCCUCCGGUAAUAGAAUCAGUAUUCAAAGAUCGGCAGGGAUUCCAGCUGGGUUCUCUGUCACACAUAAUUAAUGCAAAAGCCAAUGGUUAUCAAGAAUUGCCUGACUUCCCUGAAGUUGCACCUGACUCAUCUGUCAGAAAUGUCGAGGUUGAACCAGUUUGGCAGUCAAGUACAAGCAAGAAAAACAGAAAGCAAAGCAAGAAAAAGACGUUCUACUCUGAUUCAGAAUCAGAAUCAGAAUCUGGCAGUGAAAGUGAGAGUGAAAGUGGAAGUGGAAGUGAGAGUGAAAGUGAAUCAGAAAGUGAAGAAGAAAGUGAAAGUAAAUCUGAAUCAGAAGAAAGUGGUUCUGAAUCUGAGGAAAGUGAUGCUAAAAAGAGUGAAAGUGAAGAGUCAGACAAGUCUGCUACUGUGUCUGACACAGAGAGUGAAGCGUCAUCAGGCAGCGAAUAUGAAGAUGAACUCCCCAAGCCAAAACCUCAAAAGAACACACCAUCAAAACCUACUAAAGCCAAGGAGACCAAGGCUAAAGAGAGUCCAAAGUCUAAUAAAACUCUGGAUCAGUUGUUAAUAUUUGAUGACACGAAUGUAACUGGUAAUGACUCCAAACCUGCAACAGAAACCAAUAGUGCUUUUCUGUCACCAACUCUAGCUGCUGAUAUGGAGUCUCUGUCUGUUGGAAAUGAUGUCAUACCUACUAGCUUAUCAACGAUGACCAAUAGCUUUUCCCAUUCCAAGUCAUACGAACUUCUUCACAGAAUGACUGGUAAUGGUCUUAGCGCAACCUAUCGCUUCACUCGUGGUCCAUGUAUCUACUCAACCACCAUGAUAGCCGUGGAAUUGACCUUUACAAACUCUAGUGAUGCUGCAAUCUCUAAUAUCCACAUAGGAGACAAAAAACUAGGAGCAGGUUUAAAAUUACAAGAAUUUCAAGAAAUUGGUACUCUUGAUCGGGGAGCUUCUAUUUCAGUGUCAAUAGGAAUAGACUUUAACGACACAACACAACCAGCCACAUUUACCAUCAGCACGCCAACACGUCAAUUCCCGGUCACCAUUAAAGCACCAGUGGGUGAGUUACUGGGCGGAUCUCCUAUGGCAGCCAAGGAGUUCCUUGCAAAACAAUCAAAACUAAGAGGGAUGAAUGAAACUUCGUUAAAACUCGACCUCCCAUCAGAUCGGUGCACACGAGAAGAGGUUUGUUCUCGCGUGAAAGAAGCAGCUUGCGUGACGCCUGUCGACCUGGACGAUGAGAAAACAUUUGGAUUUGCUGGCAAAACAAUUUGUUCUGGUACACCAGUCUUGGUCACGGUCAAAGUUGGUGAGGGUGGAAAAGGGAGCUCUGUGACAGUUAACUGCGAAAAAAUGGUCAUCAACUCGAUGCUUGUCAAAGAAAUCAAGACAUCAUUGCUACAGUAAAACACUAGAUUAAUUAAAGAUAUAUGUAUCUCAUAUUAAUACCUUAACAAUUUUCCUAUGACACAAAUUAUGAUACGCGUCAAAUGAAAUUAUAGUGCGUGACGUAACUUACAUGUCACGGCUUCGAAGUUUUAUACAUCAUUGCGUGAUGUAAAAUCCGUAAAAUAGCCUUUAAUAGUAUUGCUGGGUUUCACUUGAUGUCAUUCCUUGUCUCGUGCAGAAUGUUUAUCAACUGUACCAAAAGCUUUCAAUAGAAUUCUUUCUGGCUGACGGCACAUUGGAACAGAUAAUGAGAUUCAAAGACUUUCAUCAGCUGAUUGAAACCCAGCAAUUCGAAAUAGAUGUUAUGUUCGUACGUCCAUAUUGAUUUUUGUUUGAAUGGUUUUGAUGACUUCACCAUUCAUCUGAUCUCAGAUAUCGUUUAAGUACUGUACGUCCAUGAUUUGGCAAAAAUUACCUCUGAAAUCUGAGGUUUUGGCGAGAGAAAGAGUGCAGAGAGCAAGGUAGGGAGAUCAAAAAUGUACAAGACAACUUUUUUUGUUGAAAAAAACUAGGGAAGAUUUAUACGUAAAUUUGUAGGUUUGUGAUAACGAAGGUAUGUUUUGGGGGGAGUCUUUCUAGGGUCCUUAGUAUCGAAUGUAUCGAUGACAAAAUGUUCGAGACAGUAAUCUAUGGUCUGAUUUCACAUGACCAAAUUAGGAGAAGAAUUUCCCAUACUGUAGUGCAUUAUGGGAUCCCUCAAAAAAUUAGGAAAAUUUACCCAUAAUGCCCUGCUUGAUAUUAGAGUGAAAGCAUUUAACCCGUGAAAUAAAAAUUAUUAGUCAACGUGUAAUAGUCAAAUAGACACAAAUGAAAACAAUAUAAUUAGGAUCUAUUAAUGUGUAUUAGUCCAAUAUCUAUUUCACGGGUGUAUUGACUUCACUCUACGUAACGUUUCUUGUGCAAAAGAUAAAAGUUAUUUUGGUUAUAGCUAGCGCCUUCCAAGUAUUCGUAGAAUUUUUAAAAUUUACAUUACAAAAGAAAACGUCGAGUGUUUUCAAUAACCAUGACGAGAAAAUAUUGGAUUGAUAUUGCAAUCAACACUUAGAAAGUUACAACUGAUUUUAAAAUUCUGAUGUGCGGUUGGUUUUAAUUGCUAACUUCUUAUCCUUUUCGCUUUCAUAAGCCAUUUAUUUAGUGCCUAGAUAAACUGAUUUGACGUUUUGAAUCUUUCAAUAUUGUAAAGACAUGAAAUGGAACUAGUCAGACAAAGGAAAUGAUUCUAUAAAUUGUACUGAAUUAAAGUUGGCAUGAAAUAAAAGAGAAGAGGUUUCUA